CUGGCUUGGCCGCUAGUAGAGGUGGCUUGAUAGCACGGAGCGCUUCCUGUGGGAUUGGAGCACAUGAGACGUGCACAUCAGGCAGCGGGGUAGCUUUGACGCGGAAGUAUAAAUCAGGCUUUCGGCAUUCCCCUCCUUCCUUUGAGCAGUGUAGGUGAAGUGUGCACAGGAAACUGAAGCUGAAAUGUCAGAUGAAGAGCAGAAAUCAUUUGAGCUGCUGAGGCUGUUAAACUGACGUAAUGUGAGAGGAAGCAGUGAAAGGGUUAAAUAACUGUGUGUGUGUGCGACCUCCAGCUGACAUCACCUCGUCAGCUGACAUCGAGCAGUGUCUGAAGGAGGCGGCCUACAUGAAAGACUUCGACCACCCCAACGUCAUCCAGCUCAUCGGAGUGAGUCUUCACCGGCGUCCUGGCCAGCGGCUGCCGAUCCCGAUGGUGAUUCUGCCGUUCAUGAAGCACGGAGACCUGCACACCUUCCUGCUGCUGUCCAGACUGGGAGAACGGCCGUUUGACCUGACUCUGCAGACUCUGCUGCAGUUCAUGCUGGACAUCUCUCGGGGGAUGGAGUACCUGAGCGGCAGGAGCAUCAUCCACCGAGACCUCGCUGCCCGAAACUGCAUGUGAGUCCACCGGUCAGCUCUCAG